AUGCCUCGUGAGGUCGCUGAUAUCAAGAAGUUCAUCGAGAUCUGCCGUCGGAAGGACGCCUCCUCCGCGCGCAUCAAGAAGAACAAGAAGGUCGGCAACGUCAAGUUCAAGGUUCGCUGCCAGAAGCACCUGUACACCCUGGUGCUCAAGGACGCCGAGAAGGCCGAGAAGCUCAAGCAGAGCCUCCCUCCCAACCUGUCGAUUGCGGAGGUGUCCAAGAAGAACUAA